AUGGCUACGACCGUGGCUGCGUCGAGCUCGCGUUUCCCGUGCUCGCCGCCGCCACCGCAGCAGCAGCAGCAACAGCAGGCGGCGAGGGGCCUAGCAGCUGAAUGGGUGGCGGAGUUCUUUAGCGUUUCUCACGGCAUAUCGCCCUGGCUCUUCCGAGAAAUCCUUCCCCGCCCCCUGCGGGGCGACAGCGCGCUGGUGCUGCGGGACGUCCUUCCCAUGCUGCGCGACGCGCUUGAAGACCGCGAGCUCCCCCCCGGGCUGCUCUCAUCCAUCCGCGUGCUCGCGCGGAAGAGGGACCUCGCGGAGAGGCGGAGGGGGAAGACGGAAGGGCGGGGAGCGGAGGGCGAUGGGGAGGAAGGGGUUCCGCGAUGGGUGCGGAUAGUGGUCGAGUGCUGCACUGCGUCCUUCCUGUCGUCCCUCCCCAAGCCCCCACCAGGUGACACCGGAACCCCAACCCGGACCACCAGGAAAGCAGCAGCGGCAGCCGCAGCAGCCUCAGCAGCAGGGAGAGAGGCGGUAGCUGCUGCAGUGGAGGAAUUCGGGGAGAGCGUGUGGACGGCGAGAGAAGAGAACAGUGAAGGCGCAGCAGCAGCAGAUGGGCGUGCGGAGGAGGACGGAGAAGGGGAAGGGGAGGAGGCGAGGAAGGAGGAGGAGCAGGAAGAGGAGGUGCUGUAUCGGGAAAUCGGGCGCAGGAAGGCAUCUAUUAGGGCGAUGCAUCAGGAGGCGGACGGCAGUGUGGCGGGCGUGGCAAAGCGGUGCAGGAAGCGCUUCCCCCAGGAGGACGUGUGGGCGCACCUGCAGGAGCUCGUGGACUGGGCUGCUGCUGCGCUGCCUCCCCCCGUGCUGCCCCAGCAACUGCGUCACUGGAAGAUUCGACCCAACUCUUCUGCACCCCAGCCCACGCCUCCCCAUCAUGCUGCUACUGCUGCUGCUGCUGCUGAUUCUCCUGCCGACCGUGCUGCUCGCCCUGCUCCUGCCCCUGCUGCUGGUGCUGGUGCUGCUGAUGCUGGUGCUGCUGCUGUUGAUGCUGCUGCUCCUCGUUUGGGAGAAGGUGUGGGCGGCAGGCGGAGCAGGAAGAAGCAGAAGGUGACUAGGCCCAUGCGGGAGGUCAGUCUGAGCGAGGAGGGGGAUGAAGCGAAGCAAGCCAGUGAAGGGAAGGCGGGGAGUGAGGGGGGAGCGGAUGGCAGGAAGGGGCUGAAAGGGCUUGCAAUGCCAAGGGCGGAGGAAGGGGCAGGGGAGGACGAGGUGGAUGGUGGUAUGGCGCAGGGGGGCAAGCACAGGGCUGAGCAGGAGGAGGAGCAGGAGGAGAUGGAGAGGAAUCAGAGACGCGGAAGGAAGGGUGGGGAUGGUGCUGCUUUCAAUCGCACUGCUGUCAAUGGUACUGCUGCUGAUGCUGCUGGCGGUGGCGCUGAUGCUGGAGGUGCUGCUGUCGGGGAGAAGCAACCAGGGCAUAAGCAGGCGCCUAAAAAGCUCGUCUGUGUCCCUUCGCUCACUGCCUUUCCCCUGCAGCAUUCCAAGGGGAGGAAGCUUCCCCUUGUCUUCCUGCGAACGCGGCAAGCUACUGUGGAUGCGUAUGCUGGCGGGGCAGGGGGAGGCGGGGGAGAGGCAGCAGCGGAGAUGGAUGGGGCGCAGAAGAAAAGGCGAACUCAAGGAGCAGCAGGCGCAGGAGGAGGUGCAGGAGGAGGUGCAGGAGGAGGCGCAGGAGGAGGUGCAGGAGGAGGUGCAGGAGGAGGCGCAGGAGGAGGUGCAGGAGGAGGCGCAGGAGGAGGUGCAGGAGGAGGUGCAGGAGGAGGUGCAGGAGGAGGUGCAGGAGCAGCAGUAGUAGGAGAAGCAGGGGCAGCUGAGGCAGCAGCGGGAGAAACACGUGCUAAGGAGACGCAAGCAGAGGCAGAGGCAGGAGGAGAGGGUUUGGGGCGAGAGGGCAAGGAAGGAGGUGAGCGGGGGAAGAGGAGCAGUGGGAGAGAUCACAAGGGGAAGGUUCCAUGGGCUGGGCGGCGACAUGUGAGACGCGUGGAGUAUGAGGAGGUGGAGGAGGAGGAUGAAGAAAGGGAGGCGGAUGAAGGGAGGGAGGAAGGGGAGGAGGGGGAGAAAGGGGAGGGAGGGGAUGGGAGGGACGGAGGAGGUGAAGGGAGAGGGGCAGUUGGAGGGGUAGAGGGGAGUCGGGGGAAGGGGGGUGGGAAGGAUAUGGGAGUGGAGAGAAACGGCGGAGUGAGAGAGAAAAUUGAACGUGAGAAUGGGGUUAGGAAGGGGACGGACAAGAGGGAAGGGAGAGAGGAAAGGGGGGGCAUGGAGGGCAGGGGAGGCAGGGAGCAGCGAGAGGGGAGGCAGGGGGGAGAGAAGACAGGGGAUAGGGAGAAGCAAGUUGAUGGUGAUAUGGAGGAGGAGGAACAGGAGGAGGAGGAGCAGGAUGGGCAGGAGGAGCAGGAGGGGCAGGAGAAGGAGGAGCGCGUGCUGUUCCGGUUCCUUCAAGUGAGGAAGGAGGAUAGACAGGCGGAAGGCAAUGGGCGUGCUCCGGACAUGCAAGGAGCAGCAGCCGAGAGGCAGACCCCUCCCAAGGCAAAGGCUGGGGGGAAGGCUGAGGGGAAGGAUAAAGCGCAAGGUCGUGCAGGGAUUGGGGCAGAGGCACAGGAAGAGGCACGAGUUGCGGCAGGGGCGGAGGGAGAGCAAGUAGCAGAGAAAGCGAGAGGAGCAGGAGCUGAUGCACGGUUGAAUGGAGGUGACGCAGGGGCGGGGUUGGGGGCCAUGGCAAGGCGUGGGGAGAGCGGUAAUGGCAUGGGAGCAGCAGCACCCCCAGGUACACCUGUGGGCAUGGGCAUGCGGACGGGUAUGGGCAUGGGCAUGGGCAUGGGUACCCCCAUCGGCAGUGGCAGGAAGCGGUGUGUGGUGCUGGUGUGUUCAGUUUGCGGGCAUGGACCAGGGGGCAAAGGCAGGGCCACAGGGGGGCAUGCAGGGCCGUUGUUCCCGUGCGAGGGGUGUGGAGAGAUGUUUCAUUUCGAUUGCGCGGGCAUGCUGUUUCAAAACGUGCUGGAGGUGAGUGCUUGGACGUGUAAGGGGUGCUUGGAGGAGGAGGAGAGGGAGAGAGAGAGGGAGCUGGAGAGUGUGCGGAGUGAGCGGAAGAAGAGGAUGAGCCUGUCUCCUCUAGCGGCGAGGCUGCAGAGGAAGCUGCAGCAGCAGGAGGAGGGGCAGGGGCAGGGGCAGGGGCAGGGGCAGGGGGGUUGGGAGGGGGAGGGGGAGGCGCAGGGGCAGGGGGAGGGGCUGGUGGAGACGCAAGGAGCGGAGCAGGGAGGGGAGGGCAAGAAGCAGAGGGGGGUAGAAGAAUGGGGAAAGAGGGAAGCGGAUGGGGAUUUGGAAGGCGGGAAUGGGGGAGAGAGGAGGGGUGGAGGUGGGACGGAAGGGGGAGGAAGUGGGGAGAGGGAGAGGAGGAGUGGAGGAAAGGGGAAGGGGAAAGGGAAGAGCAUGCAAGAGGGUUUGGAGGAGCGAGAUGGAGUGGCAGAGGUUCGUGUUGUUCUUGACUCCCGAAUGGCAGCAGCAGUUGGGGAGGAGGAAGAAGAGCAACGGGAGGAAAGGGGAGAGGCGCGGGGUGCAGGUGGGAUAUUGAAGGGAGGGAAGGCAGCAGGACGCAAGGAAAAGAGCAAGGAGAGCGGGAGAGCUGAUGGGAGGGCGGAAGGGAGGGCGGAAGGGAGGGGGGAAGGGAUGGCUCAGGGGGAAGGCGGGAGGGGUGUUGAAGGCGCUGAUGCGAGUGUGAGUGGCUUGGAAGCUGCCUUAGGCAAGAGGAAGAAGGCACAGGGGCUUCAGAAUGGGCAGAAGCAGGGGCAGGGCGGGGAAGGGGGCCAGGGAGAGGGCGAGGGAGAGGAAGAAACAACAGGUGGUGCGAUGAAUGGUAUUAAGAAAUCCCCUUUCAAAUCCGUUGCUGGUGACAGGGGUGUUGAUGGGGUGCCUGCUGUGAGGGAAGGGAGUAAACGAGUGACUCGCGCAUCUGCUGCUGCUGCUGCUGCUGGAGCUGCUGUUACAGCUGACGCUGAUGAUGCAGGUGGUGCGAGGAGGAAAGGUGCGAGGGCUGGGAGUGGGGAGAGGGGCAGGGGUGUGGGGAUGGGAGGGGAGGGAGGUGAGGGUGUGGAGGGUGUGGAGGUGGAGAGGGAGGGAGCAGAGGGGGGAGUGGCUGACCUGUUUGAAAUGGAAGAUAUAACUGAGGCGGAGGAGGUAGAGGAGAAGGAGGAUGAGGAAGAGGAAGAGGAAGAGGAAGAGGAAGAGGAACUGCAGAUGCGGGAAGAGGAGACUGGGGAGGAGGAGGGUGAGGAGGAGGGCGAGGAGGAGGAACCUUUAACGCAGGAGGAAGAGACUGGGGAGGAGGAGGAAGAGGAGGACGAGGAGGAGAGACGAGCAUUGCAAGAGGAAGGGACUGAGGAUGAUGGUGAAGAGGAGACAGAAGAGGAGGAGCAGGAGGAAGAAGAGGCAACAGAAGAAGAAGAAGCAACAGAGGAAGACGAGGAAGAGGGAGAAGAGGGAAGAGAGGAAGAGCGAGGAGAGAUGGAGGAAGGGGAAGUUGGGGGAGAGGAAGAGGAGGAGGAGGCAGACGAAUCGGAAGAGGAGGACGAGGAGAGGGAAAUGGCAAUGGAUCGUGGUCGUGGUGUCAACGCAAGGGAGAUGAGGAUAGGAAAGGGGAGAGGGAGAAGAAGAGCUUGGAGUCGGGCUAGGAAGAGUGAGAAUGCGCCUAGGGUUGGAGAGGACAGGGAAGGAGGAAAAGGGGGGCGAUUGGGAAAGAAGAGGGUGGAAGGGGUGAAGGGCAGGGAAGCGGUGAGAGGGAGAAUGGGAAGGAGAGAGGGAUGGAGGGAAGGGGGAGGAGGGAGAAAGGGAGGGAGAGAAGAAGGGAGAGGAGCGAGGGUAGGGGGGAGCAGAGGAGAGGACGUUGGGGGGAAGAGCAAGCAGCAGGAGGGAAAAGGAGACGGGGAGGCGAAGAGAAAGGCAUGGAGGUGGGCGAAUGAGGAUGGUGGGGAAGCAGAAGGACUUGCAGGUGCAUUUGGCAUGUAUGAUGAUAGAGAGGCAGAGGAGGGGGAGGAAGAGAGGGAGGAGAAGGAAGAAGGGGAGGAGGCUGAGGGGGAGGAGGAGGAAAGAGAAAAGGGGGAGGAAGAGGAGGAGGAAGAAGUGGAAGAGGAGGAAGAGGAGGAUGAGGUGGAAGAGGAGGAAGAGGAGGAUGAGGUGGAAGAGGUGGAAGAAGAGGAGGAAGAGGAUGAGGAGGGGGAGCAGGAGGUGCAGGUACGGAAGGGCUUGGGUGGGCGCAAGGACGGAGACGGGACAACAGGAGGAGCAGAUAGAGGUGCUGCGCAGUGGAGAGGUAGGCAGGCGAAGGCUCGUGCUACUGUUAAAUCUGGGAGAGGUGGUGCUGCUGGCUCACAUGGGAACAGUGCGGCUGCUGCUGCUACUGCAGCUGCUGCUGCUGCUGCUGCUGCUGCUGCUGCUGCUGCUGCUGCUGCUGCUGCUGCUGGAAACGGGAGUGGUCGUACUGCUGGGAAGGAUGUGCAAGGGAAGGGUGGGGUCGAGAGGAAGGAGUUGGGACGAGAUGGCAGGGAGGCAGGCGGGAGUAGCACGAGUAAGGGACUGCGGGAGAUGUGGGAGCAGAGAGCACGGAAGGGAGGGGAGCAGGAGAUGGGAGAUAAUGUGGUGAGGAGGGGUGCAAAGGGUGAGAGGGGUGCUUCUGAUCGGUCUGCUCGUGUUGAGCGUGCCGCUACUCCUUUGCAAGGGAGGGGGGGAGAGGAAGGAGAGCAGGAGCAGGGGGGGAUGAGGAGCGGAAGCAGUGUGAAAGGCAAGGGGAAAGCACAAGGAAGGGUUGCAUUUGAUGCGAGGGUUGAGAGAGCGGAGGGGCCUGAGAUUGGGGUGAAUGGGUGGGCAGGCAGUGCGAGAGGUAAGGUGAUGAAAGGGAAGGGGAAAUCAGCGAGAAAGGGACAAAGGCAGCAGAGGGAGGAGGUGGAGGGGUGGGGAGAGGAUGGGGACGUGCAGAGGGAAAGGAGAGAUAUUGGUAGGAGGGGAGGGAAGGAGAAGCAAGUUGAGGGGGCAAAAGGGGCAGCGGCGCAGGGAGUGGGGAAGGGGACGGCAGGGGGGAUGGCUGGGCAGGUGAGGAAAAAGCUGAGCCGUGAAAUGAAAGGGCUCAUGCGCAAUGGAAUUUUGAAAGGGUGGGGUGGUGGUGGUGUGGGGGGAGCAGAGGAGAGGAGGGCGUUAGAGGAGGAGCAGGAGGAGAAGGGGGAGGAGGAGGAGGAAAGGGAUCAGGAGGAGGAGAGGGAGGAGAAUGAUGAUGAGGAGGAGGAAGGUGAGGUGCGUGCUGCAUCUCCUUCUGAGAGGGUUGUUCAAGGUGCUGGCGGUGCUGCUGGUGGUAGGGUGGGCAGGAGUGGGUUGAAGAGGCGAAUAGGAGAGGUGGUGGGGUCGGCAGGGAAGAGGAGUAAGAGGCGAGUGGGCGUUGCUGGUGGUGGGAGGGAGGGAGAUGCGGUGCAGCAGGAGGAGGAUGGCCAUGAGGAGGAGGAAAGGAAGGCAUCGGCCAGCCAUGGGCGAACCCAGAAAACCACCUCUGCUCCUCGUGCAUCCGCUGCUGCCUCCGCUGGUACCUCUGCUGCUCGUGCUGCUGCGGCUAAUGCUCCUCCUGCUGCUCGCCCUGCCAGAGUUGCACCUCCUUCAGCACCUUUGCCUCAUCCCGCUGCUGCUGCUGCGCCUCCCGCUGCUGCUGCUGCUGCUGCGCCUCCGGCUGCUGCUGCUGGUGCUGCCCCUCCGGCUGCCCCAGCUGCUGGCGGACGGCGAACAAAGCGCAAGUGGACAGAAGAAGAGGAAGAAUUACUGCUGGAGCUGAUGGAGAGGCACAGGGCUGCGGGGGCCAGGUGGAAGCUGAUUCUGCAGGACGGCCGGCACCGCUUCCACCCCUCGCGCACGCCAGUGGAUCUCAAAGACAAGUGGCGCAAUCUGGUCAAGUACAAGUGCUUCUCGCCCUGA